AUGUCGGGUUUCGAGAUCCCAGGCCUCGGUCAGGCCAAACCCAACGAGACUCUACCACCUCUCCCUCCCACCGAUGUUCUCGCCGCUGCUGCGAGCUUUCAAGAUAUUGAGGUCCCCGACGCCCCUCCCAGCACCACAAACAAUGAAUCUGCGCCAGCCACUACAGAGCCCCAACCCUCUGAGGCUCAGUCAGAGCCAGUACCAGCUGCCGACGCGGAUGCCAUGACUAUCGACCGACCCGAGAGCCCUCCUUCUCUUACGGGCGCUCUUGAGGCUGUUCUCGGCGGGCUAGCUCCAGCACAACCCGCGCAAACAGCACAGCCAGCUCCUGCUGCAAACACCGAGACCGUCCCUCUUCAGAACGACCAGGGCGACAACCCAGAAUGGGAGGUUGAUUCCUCUCCUUAUGAGUCAUCUUCUGAAUCGAGCAGCUCAGAUUCCUCUGAUGAUGAUUCUGAUAACGAAGGUUACGAGCUACUGGGAGUUGAAGAGACUGCGCGUCUACUGAUGCAGGCCGAGGGAGGAUCUGACGAUGAAGGCGAUCGAGGCGCGAAGGGUUCUACUGCUGCCCAGAUCCGAACAAAGAACGAGAUACCCGAAGAGGUUGUUCCCAAACCCGAUGUUACAAUCACACCCGAAAUGAAGGUCGAAGAGCUGGGCGUCAUCGAGCACAUCGUGGAGAACAUUAUGCUAGUAAAGGCAUUCACACCUGGAGAGUACCAAGUCCUUGACUCAGGUUCCGUGCUCUGUACAGCUGAGCGGGCUGUCAUAGGUGCAAUCGCAGAAACAAUAGGAAAGGUUCUGCAACCUAUGUAUACCGUGCGCUUCACAACAGAGCAGGAUAUCAAGGAUCUUGGCCUUGAGGUUGGCCAGACAGUAUUUUACCCCGUCGACCAUGCCUCGUACGUUUUCACAGAGCCAUUGAAGAACUUGAAGGGUUCAGAUGCCAGUAAUCUCCACGACGAGGAAGUUGGCGAUGACGAAAUGGAGUUUUCCGAUGAUGAGAAGGAAGCGGAGUAUAAGAGAGCUCUCAAGCAGAAGAAGAAGGAUAAGUGGAAGAAAGAUCCAUCCAAGGUAGGCAAGGAACCUCAUCCUUUACGACAGGAAUCACGACCGGAUGUUGCUUUGAAUUACGACGAUGACGAAGAUGGUCCCUACAAGCCUCUUGCACGACCACCUGGCUAUGGCAGCGGUCCUUCCACAACUGAGACCUACGAGCACCCAUCGGGCAGAAACUCUAACCAGCGGGGAGGACGCCGAGGAGACUCUAGAGGUCGUGGUGGACGUGGACGUGGAUCCGGGCGUGGCGGACGAGGAGGCUUCAAUCAGCCCAGGGACGGCUACUCGCUGCCUCCUCAAGGGGCUCAUCAGCCUGCCCAGCAAACAGCUCCUCCUGCCGCAUGGCCCGUUGCUCAACCUCCGGCUCAAGUUGCGGCUCCAGCCAUGCCCAACUUUGGUUUCCAAAUCCCAGGCUGGCCUCAGGCGCCUCCUCAAGGCAAUGCUGGAGCAGUUCCUCCCCCACCUCCAGGAUGGCCCAACGCUCAGGGUCAGCAGAGUGCAAAUGGAGGAGCCUUUGUGAAUCCCGCUUUCUUCGCUGCGCUCAUGUCUACUAUGCAAGCACAGCAGCAAAGCGGCCAAUCGCCCUGGGGGCAACAGCAACCUCCCAAUAACGGCAAUGGCCAAGGCCAGUAG